GUGGGACUAUUGUCGCUGAUAAAAUACCAUUGGAAAACUGUAGGGAUACUCGACGGUUGCCCACUGCUUGGACGGUUAUAACUGGGCCGUCAACAACAUCACCAACACACCGGGUCGUAUUGCUAAAUCCGUCAUCAACAUGAGCGUAGGUGCGUUUCUCGCAUCAAGUGUUCCAAGCCUCUCCCUAUCGACCUCGAACUAACCCUCCGCAUAAGCAUUCCCCCGAAGCGAAGCCAUGAACUCGGCAAUCGAUGCGGCCUUCGACCUCGGCGUCACUACCGUGGUCGGCGCAGGCAACGACGGCCAGGAUGCGUCCGCCACGUCGCCCGCGUCCGCCGGCAAGGCCAUCACCGUCGGCGCCGUUGCGUGGAACCGGUCUCGGUCCGACUGGAGCAACUACGGCCCGGACGUCAACAUCUUCGCGCCCGGCGUCGACAUCCCGUCGUUGUGGAAGGAGCUCGAUUCGGCCGACAAGUUAUCCUCGGGGACGUCGAUGGCAACCCCCCACGUUGCCGGGCUCGUCUCGUACCUGCAGAGCGUCCACUCUCUGGCCAACGCGGCAGCCGUGGUGAAGAAGCUGAACGAGCUUGCGUUGAAGGGUGUGGUGGGAAAUACUGGGGCCGGUAGCUCGAAUGCUUUGGCCUUCAAUGGGGCGGUUUAAAACUACACACGAGAGCAAUGGGUAGACGGGAGGUCCGGGUAUUUCGUGAUAGUAGCUCGGCCUAUCUUUGUCGUGGAGCUUCAUCACUAGUUGUUACGCCAUGAUGAUAAUGCAGCCAAGCAGCACAAC